CUCGAGCCCACCACGCGGUUUUCGGGUCGACAGAUUUUCUACAUCUUUGGCUUGGAUGGCAUUGGCGCAUUGGCUCUGUCAGGGGGUGUCAAUUUCGCCAUCGCGUACGCCAUGUACACCACGCAAAACACAGUCAAGCGGCCUGUCCGCCUGUGGCAGCUCCCCAAUACGCUGGCCGGUGAUGCUGCUGUCACGAUAUUCGUGCAGUGCGUCAUCACCUGGUUCGUCGAGCUGAUUCUCCUUCGCUAUGAUCUCCGCCAUCGCUCAGUGCAGCCCAUCGGCUUCAUCUCCCAGCCGACUAACCGGUGGCUGCGGAUGUUCUUCUUCCUCCCUCGCGAUCCGUCUGCCGGAGUUGGGAACCCGAAUCGCAAGUGGACGUUUCUUGAAUUUAUCCAGCAGGCCUUACGGGGCCUCAGCUUCGGUGUCGUGAGCUUCCUGAUACUGUGGCCCAUUUUCAUGGGUGCACUGACAGGAUUCGGGAGAAAAGAGGGUGCCGACUAUGUUUAUCACGACAAAUGGCUGCCUCAAGUCUUCAAAUUAAUAUUGGGUGGCGUUUUGGGCCUGCUAACGACGCCGCUAAUGGCCAUGUUUUGGUUGAUUAAAGCGGGCUGGGAA